UAGAAGGUAGGGCGUGCCUUCUUUCCUUGCGUCCAUAAAUCGCGUUUGUCGGCAAGGUUCAGUCAUCUACUACCUAACUGUACCACACACUAUGGACAGCCAUGAUCUGGUCUUGAAUUGGCGCGGCGAUGUCAUCGAAAAUAGCCAUAUCGUCCAUGCCGCUAUCGUCGACAGCAAUAACAAAUUCCUCUACUCUAUGGGCGAUCCGUCACGACUGACGCUUGCCCGAUCUGCUGCGAAGCCUUUCCAAGCUCUUGCGAUUCUUGAAACUGGAGUGGCCGAGAACUUCGGAUUUGAUGAAGCCGAUAUUGCCUUGAUGUGUGGCUCACACAACUCCGAAGACAAACAUGUCUCGCGCGUUAUGAAUAUGCUAGGGAAAGUCGGCGUGACUGAACAAGACAUGAACUGCGGUGGUCAUCCUGCCCUCUCCAAGAAGAUCAACAAUGGAUGGACGAAAACCGACUUUGUCCCGACAGCAAUGUAUAGCAAUUGUUCCGCCAAACAUGUAGGCAUGCUGGCCGCCGCAAAAUCCCUUGAUGCUGGUAUAGGCAACUAUCAGGAUCCGAGACAUCCUGUUCAGUUGAGGAUCAAACGAAUCCACGAAGAAUUGAGCGACUUGAAGCCCGAGGAGAUUCGCUGGGUCGUUGACGGAUGCAAUGCACCAUCUCCAGCCCUACCUCUCCAAAAUCUGGCCUUGAUGUUUGCGGGGCUGGCUCACGCAGUGGACCAAAAUGAUGAGGAAUCCAGACAGCAUGCUUCUAGCCAAUCAACACGAAACAAGGCACAGAUAUAUCAUGCAAUGGCGCAUCAUCCGGAUAUGAUCGCCGGGGACUCUCGAUUCUGCACCGACUUGAUGCGAGCCUACGACGGUGCCCUAGUCGGCAAGCUUGGAGCCGAAGGCUGCUACGGUAUUGGCAUUCGAGACUGCGAGGCAACGAGACGCCUGGGUGCUCAAGGGGGGCUUGGUAUCGCUAUCAAGAUUGAAGACGGCAACAUCGACAUUCUAUACGCAGCUCUGAUGGAUACACUUACGAGACUAGACCUUGGAUCCGAAGAAAUCAGGAGGCCCCUGAAGGAGACUUAUUGUACGAUGCCGAAGAAUACCAUGGGCGUUGCGACUGGGCACAUCUCGUUCGAGAUGGAGUUGAAGAAGCACGAAUGAGGUGUAGCGUCUACUCCAUUCCGUCAUACCCCCCUGCUCUACUUCGCUGUGCCCCCCUCCCCUGCUCUACCUCGUUGUGCCCCCCUCCCCUGCUCUACUUCGUUGUGCCCCUGCUCUCCUAAUUCAUAUCCCAAUACAACUCUUUUCCCC